AUAGCAUCCAACAUGGCGGACGGCUUCAGCCUUUUGAACCUUGAUGUUAUUCAGAAGCAGUACUUACAAAUGGCUCCGUUGAAAUUAUUUCUUUGGAAAGUAAGAUUAUUUUGCAGAAAGAGUCAGUGGUGACACGACUGAAAAUCUUAGGCGGCAUAUCUUUAUUUUCGGGCAGCAUAACUUCGGGCGAGAUGACUUACUGACAACUUAAUUUAAACUACUCUUAUAUAACAAGGCAUUUUUUCCCAAACUUAAAAAACUUUUUAAGCCACUGUUGUCGUUCAUCGCGCAACUGUCAUGUAUAAUGAAGUAUGGGGUUGUACAGGAAUCUCUUCGGUUGAUUUAAACAAUUUUAUUCUCAAUGUUAUUGAUUUUUCAGACACUUGAGCAGGCAAGUCUCGACUUGGAAAAACAGAGAAAAAUCCUAUGCAUGGUUUGUCUCAUACAUCGAUCGAUUUCAAUUUUUUUUUGCGUAUUUGAAUUAGCCAUUGAAAUAUUUAAUUAUUUUUCAGACUUAUUUCUUCACUGCAGAAUCGUCGUAUGCUCCUUCGGUAUCGUACCAAAGACUGUUUCUGAAACGCAUGCUGAAGUUAUGUGAGGACAGGUGUAUCGAGAUCGCGGAUGAACUCUAUGAAGCAUACGGAGAUGUGUGUGGUAAAGCAGAACACCUGGAUAACAAGUGCUUUAAAACAUAUGUACUGGUGAGGUUCAUUCAGAAAAGUAUUGGGGACAAUCAUCUAAAACGAAAGAUUUCCAUUCAACCCCAUGCUAUUCUAAGACAAAGCCUUGGUCCCAGAGGUAAUCUGUUUUUGUCGUGGGGGUAAUUUUUUAAAGAAACUGUGGUGCUACCUUUCUUUUAUCUGAGAACUGUACCCUUAAUGAAGCAUGGGGUAAUGUGGGAACCUUGCCAUCAAAAUUGACAUACACAUACAUGCCAAGGUCUAAGAAAGUUAUAGUAUGUGUGUUACUAUGAUAUACAAAAGGCACCACCCAUGUAAAUUGGUUCAAGGACCCUUGUUCCUCUGGGGCAUUUUGGAAAAGGCAACCCCUUUUAAGACAAAAUUUAAGUCAUUUUUAAUGUUGUAAGCCAUUUAUAAGUAGAAAGUUGGGUGACAGUUUUUACCCUUGUGAAGGACUUCUGGUGUCGUACGUUCUGCAUCAGAUAGGGAAAGUUCUAUGUACAACCAUAAGAAUUAGGUGUGUGAUCAAGAAUAUUCUCAGUGAGAGUAUUUAGCAUGUGAUUGGGUAAAUUAUUCCUAAAACCUGUGAUCUGUUAGGCCUGACAUUUUAAGAGGAGCCUAAUUGAGGCAACCUUCAGCAGACUAACAAUUUCCAUAGAAGGGGGAAAUAGCUUACCACUGGCCUCUUCAUGCCAAAUAAACCAUAACAUUAAAUGGUUUAACCUUUGAUCACUUUUUUAGCCAUGUGGGGCCUUGUUAACCCUUGAAGAAACUCAACAGUUUAUCUCUAAAGGAACAACAGGACUUAGUACCUGGAUGGUGAGUUUUCCUCUAAGAUAAUAUCAUAAUUACUGGUGGUAAUUUUAUGUAUCCGGGAAUGUAUCAAGGUGGACUGUUAUAGUAAGACGUAGCUGGAUUUUUAUAAAAGCCAUAGGGGUAAGAACUCAGAGGAAAAAUGUUACCAGUAACAACAGAUACUUUUCUGCUCACUAGUGGUUUUAUGUCCACCAUUAGAUCCAUGAUCAGAACAUUAUGAUAAUUGUUCUCAUUUUUAUUCACUGUAUCUAAGUCAUGGUUUUGAUGUAGAUUAAAUCUUGUAAAUGGUAAUUUUCUAAUGUAGAUAUAAGAUUUGGCAUGUAACUAAUUUUCUCUUUUAUUUAAUUAUUUAUUUAUUCAUCUACUUCUAUUUAAUUUUCAACUCCUAGUAUGGUGUUAACUGUUUCAGCAGUGUCCCUAUUAAAGUGAGAACUAUGAGUAGGUCACUCUCCAAAAAUUCUACAGGGGUGGAAGGGUAGGAGCUAAUAUCUAAGGGUUGUAUUAUCAAAAUGUUUACAUUUGAUUUUCUUUUGGAAUGACUGAUAUCACAGGCAGGAGAAUACCUUGCUGAGUGGGCACUAGAAAACCCUUCCCUAUUUCAAGACAGGUAACUGUAUGCUUGGCUUCAGAUUAAGAAAAAGACCAAGGACAUGAACUGCAAGUUAAAAUUGCAGUUUAUUCCAUGAAAAAGAUGGUUAUUUUAAAAAUGAAAAUCAUUAUGCAGGCUUGGCAGUCUUGAUGCCAUCUUAAUGUCUUUAGUUUUUGGCAGUAAUAAAUAUUCAGAGGGCUUGGGGGAUAUGCUAGUUGUACCAAUGAUAAGUGUGCUAGAGAUUUGGCUUAAAUCCUGGCAUGUAUGGCAAUUGUGCUGUACACUUGACAACUCAUUUUGACAUUGCUGCAUUGCUUUUGACAUUAAAAUAAAUCUUGCAAACUGUUAGGGAAACAGCAUGAAAUAUGACAGGGUCACCAACUGUAGUAACCCAUCUUUUUAGGCUGGAGUAGUUUUACAGUCAGUUGCUUCAUUCGUCAGGAAGACUGGGUAGUUGGGGUUGUACAAAUCAUUCUUAAAGGGUUUCAUAGUUCCCAGUUUCAAUUCUUCCAUUUGCCAUUCAUUUUCUUUGGUGUUACUUUUCAGAUCCAUCAUAGAGCUGGGCUGUGGUACUGGACUUACAGGACUUUCUAUUUGCUCCAUGAGUUCACCAAGCCAGUACAUAUUCAGUGACUGCCAUAAUGAAGUGUUCAAAGCACUUCAAAGCAACCUUGAACUGAAUGGAUUUGUCAUAAGCCAAGCAGACAGUGAAUUACCAUAUUUAAAUAACAAAAGGACUUGUGAGUCUCACACAGAGAGUGACAUGCAUAAACAUUGGAAAGGAUUGGCUCUCAGGAAUCAAGAUAAUCAUGGCUACUCACAUCACAGAGAUAUAACUUCUCAGCAAGACUCUGGAGUGACUACCAGCAAGACACCUGAUAUGGAAAUAACUUUACACAAGUUUGACAAAACACCACAGUGUAUGGCAUGUUUAUCAGACUAUUCUGAAAGCGAAGAUAUUCAUGACCUGUCAAGUUGUGCUUCAGAUUUCAUUGCUUGCUAUUCAAGACAUCCUUCAAGUCAGAUAAGGCACUUAAUUGAAGACUGUGCCAAUCAUUCUUGGGACACUCAAGUUGACAUUUGUAAAUUAGACUGGACAACUUUAAAGAAGAGUGAUUUGAGGAGAUUUUCAACUGGGAUUAUUUUAGCUGCUGGUAUGUAUAGGGAAAUAUGGUACACUUUCUCUUAAGUGUAGGACACUCAUGGGGUGUGGCUGUGGUGGGGGAUGAUGAUUAGGUGAUGCUAAAUCCACAGAAUGUACACUCAGGUGACUUUGGUGUUGGCACUAUGUGAAGUUCUUUUCUGUCCAAUAAGGCAAUUUAAGCCAUGUUGAUGAGGCCUCACAAGGCCACAACAGCUGCACUAUGCUGCUCUCUUGGUCACUUACUCCUUCAGCUUCUUCUAUAUGAUAAAGGAAACCAAGGAUCACUUACAUCAAUGCCUUGUAGCCAUGAGUGCUCAUCCUGAGGUUUCAGUGCACCAUCUUAAAUCAGACAAUUGUUUUAAUCUUGCAUGACACCACAUUAAGUGUAAUCUGAUGAAUUCUUUUAUACUGGUUUACAAAUAACAGACACAGUGGUGACUUAUCAAAAUUGAAAAUCUUUUAGGACCAAAUAAUGAAUUUGUGAAAAGUAUGUGUAAUAGUUAUGGAGAUGAAAAGUUCUUCCCAUCAAAAAAACCUGCCAUCAAAUUGGAAGACAAAGGUUCAGGUCAAAGCACAUCAAAAGCAGUUGGGUUUGCCUUUUAGCUCUUGUAUGACUAAAAAGCAUGAGUUUGUUUGGGUUUUCUUCACUAUAAAUUGUGCUUUUAAAAACAAAACUGUUUUUAAUUUCUUUAAUAGAUGUUAUUUAUGAUAGUGAGUUGACCCCAGCAUUAGUGAGAACUUUGCAUCUACUCUUAAGGUAAGUAUCGAUCAAGUUAGUAUUUUUUUUUGUCAUGGUAGCUUCUCAGACAAAUUUACUUUGUCCAUAAAAAUGUCAUUACUUGGGAAAGUUAACUAAUGUUUUAACAUGUGCAUCUGUUGUAGUACUGGUGGCGAUAAAAGGGGGAAACCUGUAGCUUUCAUUGCUUCAACCAUCAGGAAUCUGCAAACAUAUGAAUUGUUCCUUAAUUGCCUUUGUAAGUAAAGGUAACUUCAUUUGAUUCCAUUAGUAAAAUUAAAACAUUUUUAUUAUGAUAAGUAUACAAUUGUCCUUAAUUUUAAAAAUGUUCUUUGAAAAAAUUAUAAUUCUGAGGUAGAGUAUUUUGUUUGGUUUGCAGAUGAACACAACAUUUCCUGCAGUGAAGUGACCAAGCCAGCAAAUCAAGUUUUCUAUUAUGAUCAGAGUUGUGAAAUUAAAAUUAUCAAGCUUGAAGUCUAA